AAACAACACAAUAGAAAUCCAAACAUUGAUUUGUUCUUGCUUAGUGCUUUCAAAACUACAAAAAUUAAAUAAUUAUGGCCACGCCAGAAAAUGUCAAAGAUAUAAUACAGUAUGUCCCCUUUACAUCGUUUGUUAAUCCAUCGUUCUGGCACAGUUUUACUGAUAUAAAAUUUAAUGUCGACAAACUGAGUGAAAAUACAAAGCAAAUAUACGGCCGAUUUUCCUAUGCAAAUGAUAUUGGUCCCGUGUUUGAGGUCGAUGGAACUGCUUUUAACAAGCAACCAGAGGCAGAAUUGAUGUAUUUAAGUAUAAGAGGUACGCUCAUGAACAAAAACACAAUAGAUGAUUUUAAAUCAAUCGACAAAGCAUCACUGUUGAAUAGCAUUGGUGAAAUAAUAUGGCAUAACAGUAUAAUUACAAGGUUGUGGAUGUGUAACCCGAGUUGUCUACUAAAUUUUUUUAUUCUCUCAUUUGCUGAUCUGAAAAAGUACCAUUAUUACUACUGGUUUGCAUUCCCAACACCAAGUCAACCAACAGUUUUUUUAAAGGAAAAGAGUAAAAGCAUUUUGACAGAAUUCAAUGAAAGUGAGAUAAGAACAAUUUCUCAGAACUAUCAACUUUUGCACCAUUCUCAAAGAUGUUUCUUUGUGAUUCGAAAAGAAAAUGAAACAGUUAAAGUUGAAACUUUAUCAAAUAUAUUUAAUAGAACUGAUAAUACAUGUAAUCUUGAUAUAUCAAGCGUGUAUUUUGCUUUUACCGAUCCUAGUAAUAAUGGCAACCCUGGUUGGCCCUUGAGGAUAUUUUUAGCUGCCCUACUGGAGUAUAGUGCAAUAUUUCACGGAAGUGUUAUCAAAGUUAUUGGUAUAAGAAGCAGCAAGGAAGUUGGGUGUCAGAGUAGUCAAAUUUUCAACGUCAUGCUGCCAGAGAAUGUCCAAUGCUUACAGAAAUUAGGUUGGGUUGGAUGGGAAAGAAACGACAGAGGGAACUUUGGACCGAAACUAUCCGAUAUGUCUGCAUCAAUGAGUCCUAAGAAAUUAGCAGCGGAAUCCGCGGAUCUCAACAUAAAGUUGAUGCAGUGGCGUUUGGUGCCUGAUCUCAAUAUAGAAAUUAUGAAAAAUACCAAGUGUCUCCUGAUAGGAGCUGGAACACUGGGAUGCCAAGUAGCAAGAAAUCUUUUGGCAUGGGGCUUCCGUCACAUACACUUUGUAGACAAAGGAAAGGUGUCGUAUUCGAACCCGACGCGGCAAGUGUUGUACACUUACCACGACUGUCGCGACGGCGGAAAAAAUAAGGUGGAUGCAGCCGCGGAAAGCUUGUUGUCCAUACAUCCAGAUGUGAAUACGGGCGGCCUGAUAGCCCACAUUCCAAUGCCCGGCCAUCCGGUAGGAGAAUCUCUCAAGGCUGAAACGAUUCUCAACAUCGAACGACUAACAGAAGAGAUACGGGCCCACGACGUUAUAUUCCUACUUUUAGACACGAGAGAAGCAAGAUGGCUGCCAACGCUAAUCGCAGCGGAUUUAGGAAAGAUUGUAAUCAAUUCAGCCCUCGGCUUCGACAGCUACCUAGUGAUGCGACACGGAAUCUGGUCGCCGAACCCCGAAAGUACCACAAUCCACAGUACAUAUGUGCCGGGAGAUCAAGUUGGCUGUUACUUUUGCAAUGACGUCACCGCUCCGGGAAACUCCCAAAAGGAUCGUACAUUAGACCAACAGUGUACAGUAACUCGACCCGGUGUGGCCGCCAUUGCUGGAGCGUUGGCCGUGGAAUUACUAGCCUCGUUGUUACAACAUAAACUCGGGGUACGAGCACCGGCCCCAUACAAUAUAUCAGACGAAAUGAUCGACCCAGAGUUCGAAGGAGUACUGGGCCCAGUACCACAUUCCAUACGGGGAUUCCUGCAUUCGUACCAAACAGUGGUGCCAACAUACAGGAAAUUCAAGCAGUGUAUAGCCUGCUCCGAAGUGGUCAUAGACAAUUAUAGAAAGGAAGGAAUAAACUUUUUAUUGAAUGUCUUCAACAGUGGAACAUAUUUGGAGGAAGUUACCGGGUUAACUGAACUGCAAUUGACAGCGGAAAUGAGUGAAGUUCUCACUUUUUCCGAUGAAGAUCAAGAUACCGACGAGUAAAGUUAUGACAAAAUCCAAAAUUAUUCUAAACAAAAUGAAAUAAAAAGCUCAUAAUAAGAGCUGUUUUUAUUGGUUUUGUAUACAAUAAAAUUUGGUAUUUGCAAUAAUAACUCAGUGUUACUAACAAAAGAUCUCAUAACUAGUACAAUCUCAGUGUCCGUGAUAUGCUUUUGUAUGUAUAUGUUACUAUCAAUUGCUUUAAGCCUUAAAACUUUGUGAAUUAAACAGUUUUGCCAUUUUAAUAAAUUAUAAAAGCAUUUAAUAUUGUUACUGGCAAUCUAUUUAUUUAU